AUGGUUAGAAAUCCAGAUGCUUCUGAAAGGUCAAAAUCCAUACAAAAAUAUUCAAAUAUACUAAUGAAAGCAAUAGGUCGCAAAGGAAAUUCAGAUAGGCUUAACUCCGUUUUGGAUAAAUUUAACAAGGAAGAAUAUAAAAAUGAUUGGGAGAUUUGGAAGAAAGAGAGAACAAAGCGUAACGGUGACAAACAUAUGAAAUCAUCCAAAAGUAAAGACCCAGAAGAUAAUAAAGUUUCAGAUAAAGAAGAAGACUCAGAUGAUAAUGAGCUACUACCUAUGAAGAUCGUGAAUAGUGUAACAGAGUGGCAAAUUCUUGAAAAUGUAUUUUACAAGAAAGAUAACAAAAUUAGCUUGGAAGUCCCACCUCAACUUCAUAAAGUUGAAACUAUUUUGAAUGAAUAUGAUGAAUCAUUGGAAAAAGCUACAGAGGAUAACUUUGUUGAUCUUGAUUCAGUCUUAUUUGAAAAAGGAAUAACUGAUGAAGAAAAGCUUAAACAAAAGCUUGAAACCUAUGGAAUUUUCAUUGAUAGAAGAGAUUUUAUUUUUUAUGCAAUGAUUUAUUAUAAUGGGGCUUAUCUUGUUGAUGAAAUUAUUUCGUUUACAAUUCCAGACACGCCGACGCAAUUAUGUUUACUAAAAGAUAUUGUAACUGAUUUAUUAUCGUUCAGGGCUCGUGUUGAACACAUAUACACUCAGAUAACUAAUUUGUUAAAAAGUGCAACGUCUCAACAUCGUUCAAGAUGA